AUGGGCUCCGUUUCAACACUAUCCCGACACCAUUGUCGGAGAUCCCAAGAAGAAGACUCUCAACGUUAUCGAGUUUAUGCGUCGUUCUGUGGCAGGAAUCAUGCGCCGAAUGUUAACAUGUCCAAUUGGAUAUCUUGCUUCAAUCCUUCCAGCAACUCGUGGCACCGGCUCGCCUCCAUUCCGGGGCUUCUGGAGAACCAUGUCCUCAAGAGAUUCGCCAUGGUCGGAAUCGGCGACUGGAUUUACGUGAUCGGCGGACGCCACUGCCUGAAAUAUGUCGGCGGCGGCGGCUCCUCCGUCCACGAGAAUGAGCUCGGGGUUCUGGGUAACGUGCAAAAAUACAACGUUGUCACGGAUACGUGGCGCAAAUGCAAGCCCCUGAAGACUCCGAGGUUUAACUUCGCGUGCACGGUGGCGGACGGGAAAAUCUACGUGGCCGGCGGUCAAACCGCCGUGGGCAGCGCCGAGGGUACCUCUUCCACGGAGGUGUACGACCCCGCACUGGACGAAUGGAAGUCGCUGCCCGACAUGAACACGACGAGGUACAAAUGUGCCGGGGUGACGUGGCAGGGGAAAAUCCACGUGGUCGGCGGAUUCGCAAAGAGCGGCAACUCCGACACCCUCGGACCCUACAUCAUGGAGCGGAGCUCCGCUGACGUGUACGACCCUAAGCUCGACAAGUGGGACGUGGUGACACGAAUGUGGGAGCUGGAUGUGCCGCCAUACCAAAUAGUCAACGUCGAUGGGAAUCUCUUCAGCUCCGGCGACUGUCUGAACGCGUGGAAAGGCCACAUUGAAGCCUACGACGGAAGAUUAAAGAUAUGGAACGUCGUCGACGGUUCCAUGUCUCCGAUAUCGACGUCUGACACGGCGGAAUCCAACUGGCCGCCGAUGGAGAGGAUGUACUGCACCAUGGCCCCAAUCGGGACAAAGCUAUACUUCUUGGCCGGGUACCGGUUGCCCGGAGAAAGGUCGAGAUGCAGGAAUGAAGUGCAUGUGUUCAAUACGGCGGCCAACGGCGGCGGAUGGACGUGCUUCGAACCCAUUGAAGAGGAAGGAGAGAAAGAGCUUUGUUCCCAUUGCUGCGCUCUUAAGAUGAUGGAUUCUUGA